ACUUAUGUGAACCGUCCUCGCUGCUUCUUCUAAAAGUGCAACAAAUUAAAAAGGUGAAAAGGAAGCUGAAGUGAAACUGCAGGUUUCUCGCCUGUUGUUUAGACUUUACCAGAAACUUUGUGUUGUGCGACGGAGACGCUGAGCCUGAACGCACACAUUUUAAACUCCUGUGAUGUCAGAGAGCAAGGACGACCACCUGUGGGACACGUGUGUGGUAAGAUCACGCUUCUUUUCCUGGUGUGAACUACGACACAAGGGUUCAGAGGACGAAGGCAGGAGGAUGAAGAGGAGAGAGAAAAACAGAGUUGCAGCUCAGAAGAGUCGCAAGAGACAAACACAGAGAGCCGACCUGCUGCAUGAGGCCUGUGAGCUCCUGGAGCAGAGGAACCAGAAGCUGAAGACCGAGGUGGAUUCUCUGUCCGAGGAGCAGCGACUCCUGACUGAAGCUCUCUCAGCCCACGAGUCUCAGUGUCCCAUGAUGCACUGCUUCUUCUCCUCGUCCGGCCUGCAGCCUGACAACAUGGCCGCCUGUUCGGUCUGAGGUCAGGGGUCACGUCUCUGACCUCUGACCUCUGACACAUCUCUACAGCUGUAAUCCACCGUGUGAUGCAACAACACAACUCUAGAGGGCAGUGUUCACUAUGAUCAGAAAUAAAGUGGCAGAUUUCAUAAUGGCAGUGAAGAGCGUCCCCUGGUGGCCACACUCUACAUUACCAUCACUGUGGUUCCACUCCUCUUUCAGCUUUCAGGGGGAGAAUUAAAUAAAGCAUUGUUCGUAUUCAUAUUGUCACUUCACAUAUGAAGGAUGAAUUAUCUGUUCCCUUUUAAAAAACUUUUUGGGGUUUGUGACUGCACUUUUAUUUUAUUUUUUUAUUUCAUUUUAGAGUCAGAUGCACGUUUCCUCUGUUGUGUCAAAAUAAAUAAGAUUGUGUGAUGUGAUGAUCUGAGGUGUAAAAUCUGUUCAGUUAAAAGAUUAUGAAUUAAAAUCUUAUAAUACAAUAGUAUUACACAAUAGCUUAUUUGCAGGUUUAUUUUAUGGAACCUGAGAUACAAACAGAAAUUCCAGGAACUGGACCAAAAACUAAAAACAGCUCAGUUAAUAAUUAAACUUGAGCUGAGUCAGAAUCAUGUGUUCUGGAAAACGUGAAGACUCAUAAGUUCCACAUGGAACAUCUGGAACGGCAUUGGUUGAAGAACUUGACAUUUUCCCUCUUCCCUCAUGGAAUAAAUACAUAUAACACAAA